AUGCUACCCCUGGUGAGGACCAUGUCUCUGUUUCCGUCGCUCUCUCUCCUUCUUCUGAGUGUGGUGGCAACAUCUUAUUCAGAAAUAGAACCUGAUGAGAACCUUCCAAAGACCUGCCCUGUGAUCACCUGUGCUUCUCCAGGCAUCAACGGCUUGCCAGGCAGAGAUGGGCGUGAUGGCCCCAAGGGAGAAAAAGGAGAACCAGGCCAAGGGCUCAGAGGCAUUCAAGGUCCCCCUGGAAAGUUGGGGCCUCAAGGAAAUCCAGGACUCCCUGGGAUACCAGGAAGUGUGGGCCAAAAAGGAGACGCUGGAAUAUGUCCAAAGUGUGAUGAUGGCCCGGCUGUUUCAGAAAGAGCAGCUCUGCGCUCAGAAUUGGAUCGUGUCAAAAAAUGGCUGGCCUUCGCUCUGGGCAAACAAGUUGGAAAGAAGUUCUUCUUGACCAAUGGUCGAAAGAUGACCUUUGACAAAGUGAAGGCGCUGUGCACCCAUUUCCAGGCCUCCAUGGCCAUCCCCAUGAAUGCUGAAGAGAACAAGGCCAUCGCGUAUGUAACCAAAGGAGAUGCCUUCCUGGGCAUCACAGAUAAGGAGAAUGAAGGUCAUUUUGUGGAUCUGACAGGAAGGCCUGUGACCUACCAAAACUGGAAUGCUAAUGAGCCCAACAAUGCCAACUCUGAGGAACACUGUGUGAUGAUCCUGCCUGAUGGCAAAUGGAAUGACAUCAGCUGCUCAGCCUCCCUUUUGGCAGUUUGUGAGUUCCCUGUCUGAGGAAGCCCGUCCCCUCAGGCCCUUCUGUCCAUGGACC